UGGGCAUUCAAAUAAGCAAGUGCUUCGCCAAAAGCUACACACAGCACGUACCGGUCCGUACACCACUGUCUGUACACAUUAGUUGUACGCGAGCCAAACACGAAAGAUCGGCCAAGCUGCCAGCAGUUCUCUGUUCUGUACUUCAGUUGCAUAUUUUCUCCUUUGGAGUAGCAUCUCUUUCCUUGUCCCGUUUCUUUCGGCGCAAAUUCUUCCAGCAUCAUGCCUGUGGAAGCUGUUGUCAACCUCGCUGAGUUCAAGGGCCGCUUGGAGUCUGCCGGCGAAGGUGUUCUUGUUGCCGUCGACUUCUCGGCAGCAUGGUGUGGGCCUUGCCGUAUGAUUUCCCCGAAAUUUGAAGAAAUGGCUGUAGAGUUCACAAGAGCUGUGUUCCUCAAGGUUGAUGUCGAUGAGGCGAGUGAUGUCGCUGAGGUGUACAAGAUCCAGUGCAUGCCCACCUUCCUGUUUUUCAAGAACGGCGAGAAGGUUGAUGAGUUCUCCGGUGCCAACGAGCAGAAGCUGAGGGCCAUGAUCAACAAGCUUGUGUAGGAAAACGACACAAUCUACCCUAUCUCUGUGUUUCCCCCCUCCCAGUCCGCUGUUUGUGUCUGUGUUUCUUCUUUGACCAUAAGCACUGCUUACCUGACUUUUUGAGAUGCAUCUAUUCUUGCUGCUGCUGGCUAUGAUACAUGGACAUAAGCUGGAGAUAUGUAGGCAUGUCAGAUUGUACUUCUGGUUUUAACAGGGCAACAUAUUUGAUAUGAUUCCGUAUGCCUUUGUAGUCAAUUGCAAGACCCCUUUCUCAUCCCGUUCAUCUGAAUAUACUUAGUCCGUUAGGCUAGAGUAGCUCCCCAGUGCUUUAUAACCUUCUAACUCUCUGGCAACUUGAUAUUAUCAAGUAGCUGCCGUAUCAAGACCUUUUUUUAGCAGUAGCGCUUCACACCGGUUGUGCUGGUCGCAUGAACUGCAUGCAGCUUAGGACUGCUAUCAUUCGCUUUGCUUGUGGUCUUUUUUUUCAUUCAUGAAAAGUCACAUGGACACUUGUGUGUGAACGA